AUGGCAUCGCAAACACCAAACGGUCAACGACCCCAAGUUCAACCUUGUCGAUACAAAACGGGGAAAACACUGGGAGCAGGCUCCUACUCGGUUGUGAAGGAAUGCGUGCACAUCGAUACCGGUCGGUAUUAUGCCGCAAAGGUCAUAAACAAGCGCUUGAUGGCCGGGAGGGAGCACAUGGUUCGAAAUGAAAUCGCCGUGCUCAAGAAGGUGUCGAUGGGCCAUCAGAAUAUAUUGACCCUGGUGGAUUAUUUUGAGACCAUGAACAACUUAUAUCUCGUCACCGACCUUGCGCUUGGAGGAGAGCUGUUUGACCGAAUUUGCCGCAAGGGUAGCUACUACGAGUCCGACGCGGCAGAUCUUAUCCGCGCCACUCUUUCAGCAGUGGCAUAUCUCCACGACCAUGGAAUUGUACAUCGGGAUUUGAAGCCUGAGAACCUCUUGUUCCGGACUCCGGAGGACAAUGCGGACCUUCUCAUCGCAGAUUUCGGGCUAUCGAGAAUCAUGGAUGAGGAGCAAUUUCAUGUCCUGACUACCACAUGUGGUACCCCAGGAUAUAUGGCGCCGGAAAUCUUCAAGAAGUCCGGGCAUGGAAAACCUGUCGAUAUUUGGGCGAUUGGUGUGAUAACAUAUUUCCUUCUCUGCGGCUAUACCCCUUUCGAUCGCGAAUCCAACCUCGAAGAGAUGCAAGCAAUUCUUGAUGCAGACUACUCCUUUACCCCCCUGGAAUACUGGCGCAACGUCUCCCAGACCGCCCGUGAAUUCAUCAAACGCUGUCUCACCAUUGAUCCACAUGCUCGCAUCACGGCGCAUGAAGCCCUCCAGCACCCAUGGAUCAGCCCCCCAGCCGAUCCGCUCAAUCCCAAUGUCCCCGUCCGUCGCGGCACGGGCGAAGAUCUGCUUCCAGUGGUCAAGAAGAACUUCAACGCGCGACGGACGCUGCACAAGGCAAUCGACACGGUGCGGGCCAUCAACAAGUUGCGUGAAGGAGGUGGGCUGAUGAUGGAGGGUGCCAUGAGCCUCGAUCCAAAGCCGGAGCAGGUUAUCGGGGAUAGGGUGGUGCAGGAAGGUGCUACGGAUGAUAGGAUGGAAAUAGACAGCCGAGGUAAUGCGAGGGGCCAAACGGAGGAGCAGAUCAGGGAGCAGGAGAGGAAGGUGAAGGAAGUCGUGACAGGGCUGUGGAGUCAAACUGCAGCGAGGAGAAGAUGA